AGGGCGCGUUUCAUCAGUGACGGACCCUGCUCCGUCACCUCUCCAACCAUUCGAGCACUCUGUCCAGAACUUCCUUCUCCUGGGCCGGGACAAGUUGACCAGCUGAUGCAACCGGCUGUCACACUGCAACAGAGCCGAAACCCCCCCGAGUAACUGAGAAUGGCCCUGCCCUCGCUCCACCUCUCUCCUCACCCUUACAGCUUUGAGAACGCCAAGGCCCUCGUGGCCCUGGAGUACGGGGAGCCCAAGCUGAGGGUGGUGGAGGUGAAAGGGCCCUCUGCCGGGGACGCUCGGACCAACUUGACACUGACCAGAUUGCCAGCCGUGGAGGCUGACCCCGAGACAUGGAUCUGCGGUGCGUCGGCUGCGGCGCACUACCUGCUCCCCGAGCGGAUGAGGGGCUCUGGCCUGAAGGAGGUGGCCCUGGUGCGGCAAUGGCUGAGCUACGCGGACGUCGAGGUGGUCCCGUCGGCCUGCGCCUGGGCUUUCCCCGUCCUGGGCCUGCUGAAGCACAACAAACAGGCUGUCGAAAGAGCGCAGCUGGACCUGAAGAAGACCCUGCGGUUCCUCGACGACCAUCUCAAGCUGCGAACUUACUUGGUGGGGGAGGGAAUCACCUUGGCAGACAUCGCCAUGAGCUGUGCUCUGCUGCUGCCCUAUCAGCAUGUCUUUGAGCCUGACUUCAGAAAGCCCUUUGUGAACGUGAACCGCUGGUUCCUGACCUGUGUCAACCAGCCUGAAUUCAAGAGAGCGCUGGGCGAGGUGAAGCUGUGUGAGAAGGUUGCAUCUGUGACCAGGGAGAAAUGCGCGGGGCAGCAGCAGCCGGCCGGCGCGGUGCAGAAUGCAGUGGUCCCGGAGACGGCGGCUCCCAUGGAUGGGGAGCCGGUGAAGAAGACGGCCGCUCAGCUGAAGAAGGAGGCGCAGAAGAAGGAGAAGAUGGAGAAGUUCUUGCAGAAGCAGGAGAAGCUGAAGGAGCAGCAGCAUAGGCAGCCUGAGAAAAAAGCCAAGGGGGACAAGAAAGAAAAGAAGGAUCCUGGAGUGACCACGUAUGACAUUGCAACUCCUGCAGGGGAGAAAAAAGAUGUGAGCUGCCCGAUGCCGGAUUCCUACAGCCCGCAGUAUGUCGAAGCAGCCUGGUACUCCUGGUGGGAGAAGCAAGGGUUCUUCAAACCUGAGUACGGGCGUAGUAUCUCCGAGCCCAACCCGAAAGGCUUGUUCAUGAUCUGCAUUCCUCCGCCGAAUGUGACUGGUUCCCUCCACCUGGGCCACGCCCUGACCAACGCGAUCCAGGACUCGCUCACCCGCUGGCAUCGCAUGCGGGGAGAGACAACGCUGUGGAACCCCGGCUGUGACCAUGCCGGCAUCGCCACCCAGGUGGUGGUGGAGAAACGGCUGUGGCGGGAGUCGCGGAAAACCCGGCACGACCUGGGGCGCCGGGAGUUCAUCGAGGAGGUGUGGAAGUGGAAGCAUGAGAAGGGCGACCGCAUUUACCACCAGUUGCGGAAGUUGGGAUCGUCCAUGGACUGGGACCGUGCCUGCUUCACCAUGGACCCGAAACUCUCUGCUGCGGUCGAGGAAGCUUUCGUCAGACUCCACGACAACGGCGUGAUCUACCGCAGCACCCGGUUGGUCAACUGGUCCUGCACACUGAACUCUGCCAUUUCUGACAUCGAGGUUGAUAAGAAGGAGCUGACGGGUCGGACCCUCCUCCCUGUGCCCAACUACACAGACAAGGUGGAGUUCGGAGUUCUCAUCUCCUUUGCGUACAAGCUCGAGGGAUCGGGCGAGGAAGUUGUGGUGGCCACCACACGUAUCGAGACCAUGCUGGGAGACACUGCUGUGGCUGUCCAUCCCCAGGAUCCCAGAUACCAGAACCUGAGAGGAAAGUUCGCUCUGCAUCCUUUCUGCGAUCGGAAAUUGCCUAUCGUCUUUGACGAGUUUGUGGACAUGAAUUUCGGGACUGGUGCUGUGAAGAUCACGCCUGCCCACGACCAGAACGACUACGAAGUAGGAAUGAGACACCAGCUUGAGUUCAUCAACAUAAUGGACGACAAUGGCUAUCUCAUCAACGUCCCCGAGCCUUUCUUGGGAAUGAAGCGUUUUGAUGCCCGUAAAGCAGUGCUGGAGGCCCUGAAGCAGAAAGGACUCUUCAAGGAGGUGAAGGACAAUCCUAUGGUGGUGCCAGUCUGCAGCCGCUCCAAGGACAUUGUGGAGCCCCUGCUGAAGCCCCAGUGGUACGUCAGGUGCAACGAAAUGGCGAAAAUGGCAGCUGAUGCCGUGCGGAACGGGGAUCUGAAGAUUAUCCCAGAAACUCACCUCAAGACGUGGUUUAAUUGGAUGGACAACAUCAGAGACUGGUGCAUCUCCCGGCAGCUGUGGUGGGGACAUCGCACACCGGCGUACUUCGUGACGGUCGACGAUCCCGAGGUCCCCGCUGGAGAGGACGCUGACGGCCACUACUGGGUGAGCGGCCGCACCGUGGAGAUCGCCAAGCAGAAGGCAGCCGAGAGGUUCAACGUCACUCCUGACCGGAUCUCCCUCCGACAAGAUCAGGACGUGUUGGAUACCUGGUUCUCCUCUGGCCUGUUCCCCUUCUCCAUCUUCGGUUGGCCGGACGAGACGGAGGACUUGAGGAUCUUCUACCCGGGCACGCUGCUCGAGACGGGUCAUGACAUCCUCUUCUUCUGGGUGGCCCGGAUGGUGAUGCUGGGAUUGAAGCUGACCGGGAAACUUCCGUUUAAAGAGGUCUACCUCCAUGCCAUCGUCCGUGAUGCCCACGGCCGGAAGAUGAGCAAGUCUCUGGGCAACGUCAUCGAUCCCCUGGAUGUGAUCUUUGGCAUCUCGCUGGAGGGUCUGCAUGCACAGCUGCUGGAGAGCAACCUGGAGCCAACCGAGAUCGAGCGAGCCAAGGAGGGUCAGAAAUCCGAUUAUCCGAAUGGGAUUCCAGAAUGCGGGACGGAUGCCUUGAGGUUCGCUCUGUGCGCCUACACGUCUCAAGGCCGGGACAUCAACCUGGACGUUAACCGUGUCCUCGGCUACCGGCACUUCUGCAACAAGCUGUGGAACGCCACCAAGUUUGCCAUCCGCGGGCUCGGCCAGGACUUCAGCCCGGAAGGCAUUGCCCAGCGCUCGUCCCAGGAGAGUCUGAUCGAUCGCUGGAUCCUGAGCCGUCUGAGCCACGCAGUGGAAUCCUGUGAUCGCGGCUUCAAGCAGUACGACUUCCCGGGGAUCACCACCGCCGUCUACAACUUCUGGCUCUACGAGCUUUGUGACGUCUACCUGGAAUGUUUGAAGCCAGUGUUCGCCGGCACCGAUGAGAACGCCUCUCGCGUCGCAAGGAACACACUGUACACCUGCCUGGACGUGGCCCUCCGCCUUCUGAGCCCCUUCAUGCCUUUCAUCACCGAGGAGCUGUACCAAAGAUUGCCCAGGCGACUGGCUCAGGACCCGCCGAGUAUCACCGUGACCUCCUAUCCUGAGUAUGAGGAGUACAACUGGAGGGACGAGGAGCUCGACCGGAACGCCGAGUUUGCCUUGUCCAUCGUCCGCACUGUCCGAUCCCUUCGUGCCGACUACAACCUCACCAAGACCAGGGCCGACUGUUACUUGAAGUGCUUGGACCAGAGUACAGCCGCCCUGGUGAGUUCGUUCACCUCCUACAUCCAGACGCUGUCCUCCUGCAAGGCGGUGACGGUGCUGGUGGACGAGGACUGCCCCACGGGGUGCGCUGUCGCCAUUGCGUCGGACAGGUGCUCUGUUCACCUGAUGCUGAAGGGUCUAAUUGAUGCAGAAAAGGAGGUCACCAAACUCAGGAACAAGCAAGGAGAGGUUCAGAAGCAGAUUGCGAAACUCAGGGAGAAAAUGUCCAAAGCUGACUACAGCACCAAAGUGCCUCAGAAAAUCCAGGACAUGGAGAUGGAGAAGCUGAAGCAAAGUGAGACGGAACUGCAGAAGGUGGAAGAGGCCAUGAGGAACUUCGAGAAGAUGAUCUGACUCGUUGAGGGAAGUGGGGAGCGUGCCGGGGAUUUGAACCGCGUUCCUGGGACGGCAGCUGAAAGACGAGGUGGCCCUUUGCCCCAGACCUGGCCCGAGGGCGUAACCCAAGCUCUGGUUUGGGACGGGUUGGUGAUGGGGUUACAUUAAGUGCCUCCUCUCUCCACAAACCCCACCCCCUCCACCUCCACCCCGUCCCGUUUGUAUUCCAUUCCCCAUCGUUCCCUGACCUGUGGGGGACAGAUGUUGGUCUGUCCCGUCUGCAGAAGGAGCCACCGGCUCUCGCCCUCCUGGAUCGGGAUGUGCCGCUUCUUCCACCUGCUGUGAACUGGGAAAUUCCCCCCACCCCCCCCCCCGCAUCCCGUCCCACUCCCCCCCCCCCACCCCCUCAUCUCGUCCCACUCCCCCUCACCCCAUCCCACUCCCCCCUCAUCCCAUCCCACUCUCCCCACUACACCCAUGACUACUGUGAGUGGGAUGUGUGUAAAUCUUUUUACUUCCAAGGUCGUAAUCAAUGGUCGGAUGCAUCCCUCAAUCCCUCCCUCCCUCCCUCCCUAUCCUCAAUCCCUGUCCUGAGCUCUUCCCCGUCUUUUCCUAGCUUUCCAAUUUCUCCCUUGAUUUCACCUUCCCUUUUUAUCCCUCGUUGCCUCUAUUGAUCUCCUUUUCUUCCCAUCUUCAUUCAGUUGUACCGAGUUGUAUGUCUGUCUGUCCCACAUUUUCACCACCUCCUGUUUUCCCCUUCCCUUUCCCCUCUCCAUCUCAACAUUGGUGAAGGCCAUUCGGCCCAUCAGGGUGGCCCUGGAGUUGUACCUUCCUCCCAGUCCACCCCAACCUGCCUUGUGCCCUCCUGUUCUUCCUCUCACUCCUGCCGUGAGAUGCUCCAGAGUUUAUAAGUUCUUGGACUUCACCUGAAUGGUCAGCUGUAGAAAUUUAUUUAGGAUGGAUGUCCACUCCUGCCAAUCACCCUGACAGUCUUUUAUUGGUCUGAGCCCAACAUAGUGGUCAGUAGAUCCAAUUAUCCAGUGCAUCCUGUUCGGCUGCUGCCCUCUAACCAAUAUCAGCAGGGGUAACUUCUCUCCACCACUCUUGAUGCCAAUCCAUGUGACCUCUUCCCCCAGCAAAGGCUCUAUCCCCUCUGUCAGAAUAACUGCCAUCAGACCACCAACCUACUGCCAGCAACAAGUCAGUGCAAGGGCUGCUUCCUGUGUUGUCAACCCCCUGCCCUGGGGACCGCAACCCUUCCAAGCAGACAUCCCAUGAUCGCAGCCUCUCUGGAGCCAAGGUCAGGCAGUAGCCGGUCACCAGCACUGGAAAGUCACACAGGAGAGCAGCCGGUGAGACUGGGAGGGAUGUUGGUUCUAUCCCACCUACCGAUCUCUGCCGGGGCACUUAGACCGCCCCAGGGGAGAUUUACCACUUGGAGGCUGCUCGGUGGAUCUUGGAUGCAGAUUCUUGGUGACAACAGCUGCCCUUUUGACUGAGAAAUGGGUGGAAAUUUUCACCUGUCUGAUGGCACCUCGGCCCUCGAGUGAGGUGUAGGUCCUGGGUCUAAGGCGGCGACUGGAUUUGGGCCGUGACGGGAACGGCCUUUGAUCCGUCCCCCACCCCGUUCCCUGAAGCUCCCCCUCCGGGGUCGCCCCUCCCUGUCUGUCCGAGCACCGAGGCAGCAAGGCAAUCAUCUCCUGCUCCUGACUGGGAAGGUGCCAGCUAUGCUUUGGAUCAGACAAGGCGGAGUUGGUAACAGGAGGUUGUCUGAGUGACAGAAACGGUCCUUGGCACACUGACUCCGCACUGACCCAACUUAAUCCCCCCCCCACCCCCCCCCUCAGGAUUCUACCACUCCCACCUGCAUACCAGGGACAAGUUACUGCAGCCAGCACAGUCUCGCCUUUGGGACGAAGACAAGACUGUGGGGGUAACCCCAAGGAGAACAUGCAAUCUCCACAGGCGCAGCACCGGAGGCCCGGAUCAUACCCAGGUCUCUGGAGCUGUGAGGCAGCAAGUCUACCCACCGCUCCACUGAGCCACCAGGCAUUUUUCAGAGGGGGCGGGUUUGGGAUUGAGCCCCCCAACCCCCUUUCAGUUUAUCCAGGCGAUGGCCAGUGGGCCAAGGUUGCAAGAGUUUCCUCAGCCGUUGCUCGUUCCGCUGAGAGUUCAGAGGAAAGGUUUUUCCGGGGCUUUCACCUUUGCAAAUAACAAGCAGCGCUCCACUUUCUAUCCUGCCGUUCUCCCUGUGACCAAGUCCGAGUUUUAGGAUCUCCAGCACCGGAGACCAAUGUCAGUUCAAGGAGACCUCGUCCUACCCCAGAUCUCCCCGGCAGUUGUUCUUCCCAUCUUGCCACAAGGUCGAUGCCCACUAUCCCACCUUGUAACCCGGGUCCCUGAACCCCAGUCUGAAGGGAGGGGUUCAGAAGGAUCUGCAUUCACUUCCCCUGCACAGUACCGACAACAAGAAGUUGUGAAUAUUUAUUGAUGGACUUCCUCAUAUGGCUGAAUCUUGGCAUCGCUGGACUAACUGAAUGACUGCCCAGUAUUUCAGUGAGUUAUAGUCACAUCCAUCUGUGAUAAUAAUCUCCUCCUUGCUCUGGUUUUAUGUUGAUUCAGUUAUUCCCAUCUUGUUCCCUCCCAUCCCGUUUUCUUGCUCCUUCCAACAUUUGUCCUCCUCCCACUGAGAGUAGAUACACUUACCAUUCUCCACCCCACCCCCCCCCACCCCCACUGAGAGUAGAUACACUCACCAUUCUCCCCCCCCCCAAUCUCCCAACUUAAAGCACUCAGCUGGCA